AUGACUGAUUCAAUUGCUGUCUCGCUUUAUUACAUCCUCCCAGAAUAUGGUGGGCUUGGAGGGCCAAUUCGACUGAUGCUGGAUGAUGCUGGUGUUUUCUACGUCUUCAACUACAUAGAGUAUUACGAGGAAUUUCCUAACAAGGUCAAGCCGCGUUGGAUCGAGGAGGGUCACCCUUUUGAUUGCGCACCAAUGAUUGAAUUGUAUGAAAAACGCUAUAGCGGUACACAGCCAAUCCUUCGCUUCUUAUCCAAAAAGCUGAACAACAAGUAUACACCUGACGACUUGGAUCUAGAACAAUAUGUGGAUGCAACGACUGAUUAUGCCGCUGACUGGAUCCAGGCAUAUUUCAAUGCCGCUUAUAGAACGCUUAACGUGAAGGAAUACCAACAAAAUGACUUGAAAAGGUAUCUCGAGCGAUUUGAUCGCAUCUACAGUGUGCAUGAAGGUCCAUAUGCUGCAGGCCAAAAGAUCUCCUACUGUGAUUUCUUUGUUUACAUUGUCCUCAUGGUUGAUGCUCACAAGGAAUACAUCAAGGAUUAUCCCUACUUGGUUGCUCUAGCAAAGGCGAUCGAAUCGCGUCCAAACCUUCAAAAUGUGGUGAAGCAGUUAUAG